AUGGCGCGUUUCUCUGUCUUUGCACUCCUGGCAGUGCCAUGGCUCCUCCUCGCCGGCCUCGUCUCGGGUGACGCAGUCUCAGACCUUGAGAAGAAGGGACGUCCGGCUAUCGACGCCAUGUUGGCCAAGUCAAAGACCUGUACCAAGGCCAACUUGAAGGUUCGCCGAGAGUGGGGUGACAUCUCUGCCGCAGAGAAGAAGUCUUACAUCGCCGCCUUGUUGUGCCUGAUGGAGAAGCCAUCCAAGCUCAACCCCACACAGUUCCCUGGAGCCAAGACCAGAUAUGAAGACUUUGUCGUCGUUCACAUGCAGCAGACCAUGUCCAUCCACAACACCGGCAGCUUCCUUUCAUGGCACAGAUACUACCUGUGGGCCUUUGAGCAAGCCCUUGUCAAGGAGUGCAACUACAAUGGGAGCCACCCGUAUUGGGACUGGGGCCGCUGGGCUCAGGACCCUGAGAAGUCUCCUAUCUUUGAUGGUAGCGACACUUCUCUCAGUGGAAACGGCAAGAAGAUCGAUCAUAGAUCUUCCGGUAUUGCUCCCGCCGGCAACGGUGGCGGCUGCGUCGAGACCGGACCGUUCAAGAACAUGACUGUCCGCCUUGGCCCUGUCUCCCCUGCCGUCGACCCUGCCCCUCCUCGCAACCCCCGCUCCGAUGGCUACGGUCUGAACACCCGUUGCCUUCGCCGUGACAUCUCCAACUACCUCACCUCCCGCUACGCCCGCACCCAGGACAUUGCCGCCCUCAUCACCAACAGUCGUGACGUUCUUACCUUCCAGAACGUGAUGCAAGGCGCUGGUGGUGGCUUCGGCGGUGCCGGUGCUGGUAUUGGUGUCCACGCUGCUGGCCAUUUCACCAUCGCUGGUGACCCUGGUGGUGAUUUCUACACCAGCCCUAAUGAUCCCGCCUUCUGGGUUCAUCAUGGAAUGAUUGAUCGCACUUGGACCAUUUGGCAGAGUCAGGACACCAACACCCGCAUCCAGACCAUUGCUGGCGGGACGUCGAUGAUGAGCUUUGGUGGUGGUGGCAGGCAGCAGAGCUUGGAUGACAAUAUUGAUUUGGGGAUUGUGGGCGACAAGGUUUACAAGAUCAGGGACCUGAACAGUAUUGUCGAUGGGCCUUUCUGCUAUGUUUAUGAGUGAUUGGUUAAGGGGCGGCUGUGAAGAUGCUUUGGAUUGGAGACAGUUGAGAAGUUUUGAAUUCAUUGUUGUUGACGGGGAGCGAAUACAGCUUGUUCUUGUUGUGAAAUGGGCGUUUGUUGUUGCCUGAGUGUUUGCCUUUGGCUUGUUUGCUCGACACCUGCUCUUCAAAAUUGUGGACUGCUCUGCAGUUGUCAUAUCGCUCUCUGAGUCUACUACGUUGUUGGGCCUGUGGCACCUGUAACUUUUAUCUGGUGAUAUUUCACAUGUAGCCCAGUGACUGGCCUCUUUGUUUACAGCCAACAUAUAUCUUCAGCUUGGAGUUGGUUCACAUCUGUUCCCAUUUGAUCACCUACCAAUCAUCAUUCCAAUCCAUUCUUGUUUACCCCGAUAUUUAUAUUGUGUCUAAGCUGUACUUGAAUUUUCAUUGAAGACGAAUCUCUCUCAUUUCGAUCACCAACACAUUCCCAUCACACCAUCCAACCAACCGCCACCAUGUCCCGCACUCACCACAGAAGACCCAAACCUGACACCUACAUCCCUGCUCACACCGUCACCAACAACCCUCUUGCCAACCCUGACAUCACAAACAAACAUCCACGUCCGCUUCGCCCAACAAUCCGACCUGCCCGCCCUCCUCAGCCUCUCCCUCCCCACCAACCUCAACCUCCCCAUAUGGAACCACAUCUUCCCGGACCUCUCCCACGACCGCCGCUUCCACCUAGACUACCGCACGUUCCGAAACCUCCUAAGCCAGUACACAAAGCCACUGCAUCUCGGACUGCACCUCCCUCUACCUCGUCGUCGAGUCAAAACCCUCCUCUCCCUCCUCCGGGACCCUCCUCGCAGCAAUCUGCUUCUAAUGGCUAGCCGACCACCCCACCCCCUCCAAGACCGAAAGCAAAGAAGUUAUCUCCCACACCUUCAACAAACGGGUCGUUGCCGCCGGAGAGGGGAAGGAUCAGGGGUAUCGAUCUAAUUUACCACCUGACUACUGGGAUAGGGAGGUUACCACCUUUGAGCAUACCAUCCCCGAGUACUUUACCAAUUCCGACUACGUUGACGACGGCAGAGCCCGCACCCGGCUCCACCUACUGUCAGAGGGUUUUGCAGUGCUGCAAGAUAGAACCCGGGAUUCAACAGCGGGGUAUAGACGGCCGAUUGAUGAGGGGAGCGGGGUUUGGGUGAAUGCGCCUUUUUCGCUCUGUUUCAAUCAGGGGAGUGAUGCUGAGGAACGACAGGCUGCGUUGGGGCAGAUGUUGAACUGGAUGUCUGAUGUUGUUAGUCUGGGCGGUCAACCGGAGCAUGAGAAUAGGAAAAGAAGGAGAAGGGAGGAAGAGGCUAGAAGACGGUGGUGGGAGAGAAAGAGGGAGGAGGAGGCGCGAAGGAGGAGGAUGAGAGAAGAGGCAAUGAGAAGGAGGAGGAAGAGAGAGGAGGAGGUGAGAUGGAGGGAGGAGUAUUGGGUAGAGAGCUAUAACGUGUAGUGUUGGUAGGCAAGACAGCUUUUAGGUAUCUUCAUCUCUGGAAAUUGGUGGUCAAGGUAUUUAGCGAUUUCACUUAGCCUGCAGCAAAAGUUGCAUGUCAGAGUCUCGUAACGUUGGUAUACAAGCAAGC